AAACGUCACUUAUGACGUGCGGCUGGAAAACAAGCGACUUCCUUAGUGCUCAUGUGAUUUGUAUUUUUUGAUUUUAGAGUUUCACCCAAGAAGGUUUGGCACUUUCUGGAUUCAUUUGAUAAUGUCCAGCAGGUACCAGAUAGUGGUGCAGGGCGAGGCGUCUGAGACAGACUCUGACGAUGAAGUCUACAUCACCUCCCUGUCCGCUCCACAAACGGCCUCAGUCGGAGCCACGGUUCCUGGGGAGGCGUCGGAAACAGACAGUGAGGGUGAAGAGGCGGAGCAGGCGCACCGAGCCUCCUCAGUGAGCCAGGGGAGCGCCCAGAUACUCAGGAGAGACCUUCCGCCUCUUAUCGUAGUCAGAGACCAUCCUGAUAUACAGUCUAUAGUGGAAGACCGGCCAAGUCCCACACACAGGCCACAUGGUGAAACCCUUCUACAGCAGAAGCUGCAGGAGUCUAACAGCCGGCUAUAUCAUAACGUGGGACAGACACUACGGCACGUUUAUGGAAGUGCAACCAGGGAGGUGCGCGGUGCAACAGCUCAGCUGAAUGCGUCGCAGAGCGCCAUCAUCAACGCUUCGCACAGCAUCAGAUUAAUUCUGGAUGACCUGAAGGCUGUGUCUGAGAAGAUUGACAUUAUCACCAGCUGUCAAAUACUACCUGACAUUAACAUCAGUAAUCCAAAUAAUUAUACUUCUCCUGUACCAUAAAGAAACUAAUCAGUACAUAUAUUUAAAAUAAACUUAUUAUUAUGAUAUUUUAAUAUCAUUAUAGGUGUAUUCUCAGUGAAUGAGACAGAACUCAAGCUAUAAAAAACAGAAUGUUGACUUAAAUAAUUACAAACAACGCCUAUGCAUAUGAACAAAUACUUAUAUUUAACAGUCAUAUACUGUACAUAUACUUUCUGUAUAUGUAGUUAAUGUCUCUUCAUGCCUCUGGAGCUCUGAGGAUAUUUGAUUCAAGGAAAAAAACACAUGUUCUGUCAUUACAUUUUGGUGUACAUUUUAUGUAGGAAUUUACUGAUAAUAUCCAAUUUCUUUUGUGCAGUAUUUUGUAAAUAUGAAUUUAAUUCAGCAUAAUAUCUUAACCCACUGGGAUGAUUUUUACAUGGCAUAUCAUUUUCUAUCUUGCUUUCUAUCUCUCUGUCUUUUUUCCCAUGUGUGUUAAAAUUGUAAAAUGAGAGUAACUCAGUAAUAUAAAUCGACACAUUGCCCUGAUUGUGCAGUUCUUUGAAUAAAAGUAAAGGUUGUAGCAAUGGCAA